UUGUAUACAGUCCAUUAAGAAGCCUUGCUGAAGAAUCAUCUGCCUCUGCGACACAGACGAUACAGACAGAGACAAGAAUAAUGUCAGGACUGAGGCCCGUGGUGCUGAGCGGCCCCUCCGGAGCAGGGAAGAGCACUCUAAUGAAGAGGCUGAUGAAGGAUCAUGAAGACGUCUUUGGAUUCAGCGUGUCACACACAACAAGAAACCCUCGACCAGGCGAGGAAGAUGGCAAAGGGCUGAACAAACUCCCCAUGCUUCUGGGGGCUACUUUACUGCCUGUAGCAGACGUCUUUUCCUCUGAAGACUUAGAAAUGUCAACUUCAUUUUCGUGUCCAAACGAAUCAGAAACCACAGAUGAAGACUACCACUUCACAACAAGAGAGGCCAUGGAGGAGGGCAUCAGCAAGGGCGAAUUCAUUGAGAAUGCAGAGUUUUCCGGCAACAUGUAUGGAACAAGUAAAGCUGCCGUAGAAGACGUGCUGGCCAAGAACCUAAUCUGCAUCCUUGAUGUGGACAUCCAGGGGGUGAAAAGGAUUAAAGAGACUGACCUGAACCCCAUCUACAUCUCCAUCCAGCCUCCUUCCAUGGAGAUCCUGGAAAAACGUCUGAGGGACAGGCAGACAGAAACAGAGGAGAGUUUACAGAAACGUCUGGAGGCAGCACGCAUUGACAUGGAGCUCAGUAAGGAGCCGGGCGUGUUUGAUAUUGUUAUCAUUAAUGAUGACUUAGAGAGGGCCUAUGAGGAGCUGAAAGAUAUCCUCAAUGAGGAAAUCCAAAAAGUUCAGGAGGCCAAAUCAUAAAAAGGAAACAGUAAACUCACCUGAAAUUAACUCCCAUCUGAAGAAAAGUUUGUUUUUCUUUUACCCUCUAUGUAAUAUCCUCAGAGAUGCUCAGAUGGAGAGGAGGGACUCUGAGUUGAAUGGUAGAAUGUGUUAGAUUUGGAGCAAUUAAUGGUCAAUAUCUAUGUAAGAAAAUCCUAACCCAAGUUACACAUCAAAGAAAAACAAUAGAAACAACUGCCAAAACCAGUGAAGUGUGGAGUACACACCUGCAUCACCAGACAGUACCUGCUGCGCACACCACCACCAAUAGUUAGAAAUUGUUUGGAAAUUAAUAACUUUUUUUUUUUUUUCUGUUGAAUUCUAAUAUAGUGGAAAUAAACUGACUCAUAAUUAAAUGUAAAAUUUAAAAAUGUACUGACAUGCUGAAUAUUACUCAAAGAUUACAUGACGCUAAAGUCACUGCGUAUAUUUGUGUAUAUACUGUAUGUGGGGCAUGAUGAGCACAUUCAAAACAUGUGCAUGUAUGUUUGUGUGUGUGAGACUGAAUAAAGAA